UUGGGUCUCACAGGUCUUAUAUAUUCAAUAUGUUGAGGAACUUCUUUUUUUUAUGGCUCUUCACUGUUUGCGGACUGUGGGGAACCCGAGCUCAAUACGAGCCAAGCUUGCUUGAUCAGAUUGCCACACACCAGCAACAGUGGUUCAGAUAUACCGCUGGGAAACAAACUGAAGAUCUGGAAAAACUAGACAGGAUAAAGGAAGCGCUAGUAGGUCAGUUAGAUGCGCUACAUAUGAAAACGGAAAUCGAACUUAAGGCGCUACGGGACGCAAUGAAGUCUCAAAAGGGAGUAGUUGAACAGGAACCUGAAAAUUCUUCAAAUCCUUCUUUAAAAAGAAUUUCUCAACCCCCACCAAAGCCGUUUGAAAAGAUUGGCAGGAGGUACUUCUACAUUGAAAGCCAUGGUAAGCUCAAUUGGUAUGGUGCAUCGAACAAAUGCCGUCGAUUCGGUGGACACCUGGCCACAAUCAAAGAUUCGACGGAGCUUCAGAAAAUAAAACAAAAACUCGAUUCAGACAUUGCUUAUUGGAUAGACAUCAACUCAAACAGGAAUAUAAAAACGUUCGUUUCCAGUCUCACCGGGAAACCUGCACCAUACUUUAGUUGGGCAAGUAAGCGACCGAAAUACGAUCACAAACAUUGUGUGGCAUUAAAGUCCGGGGAAAUGUAUGAUAACAGUUGUGAUGAUGAAAAUUAUUUAUUUAUUUGCCAAAGUGAGCAAUCAGACUAAAUACAUAUUUGAUCGUUCUACAAACUA